UGUGCGUUGGCCUUUAGCAAACGGAGCACAUGCAGAGAGACCAUGCUUUCUGCCCUUUCUGCUAAGAAUAAACAAUAACUAACCUCGCUUUCAUAUCAAUAAAAUCCACGUGUAUUUGUAUUAACACUUGCAUUUUUACUGUGGAAGUUUUUCUUGAAAAUUCUGUCAAAUUGACAGCUUUUUAACAACUAUGAUAAAAACAACUAAUAAUGAAAAGAAAAAGAUAAAAGUAUAUCACAGAAAGAAAAAUGUACCAGAAAAAAGUAUCAUUAAAAAUCUGCAGUCUCAAUAUGACAAAAUCGAUGAAAGGCAAAUUAUGAAAUUUGCUGAUUUACCAUUGUCAUCACAGACGCAAAAAGGAUUAAAAGAAAGUCAAUAUAUUACUUUAAGCGACAUACAAAGACAAAGUAUUGGCCUUGCACUAAGGGGACUCAAUAUUCUUGGUGCAGCUAAAACUGGCAGUGGAAAAACCUUAGCAUUCCUAAUACCUGUUAUUGAGUCAUUGUACUGCAAGCAAUGGACGAAAUUGGAUGGCAUUGGUGCUCUUAUAAUAACACCAACUAGAGAAUUGGCAUAUCAAAUAUAUGAAACGCUGAGAAAAGUAGGACAUUAUCAUGAUCUCUCAGCGGGUUUAAUUAUUGGUGGAAAGGAUUUACAUUUUGAAAAGAAAAGAAUGAAUCAGUGUAACAUCAUUAUUUGCACUCCUGGACGUUUAUUACAACACAUGGAUGAAAAUCCACUAUUUGAUUGUUCAAAUAUGCAGAUAUUAGUUCUUGAUGAAGCUGACAAGUGUUUAGAUAUGGGUUUUGAAGCCACGAUGACCGCUAUAAUUGAAAAUUUGCCAGAGGAACGUCAAACUCUUUUAUUUUCCGCUACACAAACUAGAUCCACACGAGACUUGGCUAAGUUAAGUCUUAAAGAUCCCAUUUAUGUGUCCGUUCACGAAUAUUCAGCACACACUACUCCUGAGUUUCUUCAACAAAGUUAUGUAAUUUGUGAAUUAGAAGAUAAAAUAGGGAUGCUGUGGUCAUUCAUGAAAAAUCAUCUUAAGCAAAAAGUUAUUGUUUUCUUUUCUACUUGCAAGCAGGUUAAAUUUAUGUAUGAAGCCUUUUGCCGAAUGAGACCUGGAACAAGUCUUUUAUCAUUAUAUGGAAAGAUGCAUCAACUAAAGAGAAUGAAUAUUUACGAAACGUUUUGUAGAAAACAACAUGCAGUAUUGUUUGCUACAGACAUUGCUUCGAGAGGGCUAGACUUUCCUGAUGUUGACUGGGUUGUACAAAUGGAUUGUCCGGAAGAUACAAAUUCUUACAUUCAUCGAGCAGGAAGAACUGCAAGAUUUCAGAGUGGUGGCGAAUCUUUGCUAGUACUUCUUCCUAGUGAAACAAAUAUAGUCGAGAAAUUGCAAGAUUCCAAGAUUCCAAUCUCAAUGAUCAAAAUCAAUCCAAACAAAUUGCAAUUUCCGCAUCGUAAACUGGAAGCUUUAAUGGCUCGUGAUUGUGCAUUGAAAGAAAGCGCGCAAAGAGCUUUUGUGGCAUACGUUAAAUCCGUUCAUCUCAUGCAAGACAAGAGUAUCUUCAACGUCAAAAAUUUAAAAAUAGAUGAUUUUGCAAGGUCACUGGGUUUAAUAACGCCCCCAAAACUUCGUUUUCUACAGAAAAUUAAAGAUUCUUCAACCAAUGCUUCAACCAACACCAAAACACAAACAAAUAAGGAAAAAGAAUCCUCCGCGAUACAACUUUUGAAACAUAGUGUUUCAAGUGAAGAAAUCGAUUCUUCUGAUGAUAUGUCUGUAAAUAACUUUGAAGAGAAACCAAAAACUAGCCACUUUAAACACCCUGGUAAUCACGGUCUUGUUAAUAACAAUGAUGACGACGAUGAUGAUGAAAUUUUAACUAUAAAACGAAGAAAUAUACAAAUUGAUCCAUUGAUUGAACCAGAAGAAAUGCAAUUAAAGAAAAAGAAAUCUGUCACUAAAGCCGCUGUAGCGAAGAAAAUUCUUAAAAAGAACAUUGUGCCAAAUAAAAAAAUUAAUUUUGAUGAAGACGGACAGGAAAUCUUGGAUACAGCAAAAUCAAAACAAUCAGAUAUAGGAAAAGAAUACGAACAGGAGGAGGAUUCUGGAAUAAAUAUUGAAACAGCGAAGAAAGCAUUACUUUAUGAAGAUAGCUUUGACAAAAAACGAUUUAAAGAAAAAAUAAAGGAAAAACAUCGAAAGGAAAAGCAGAAGCUUAAAAAUCAAAAGAAGCAGACAUCAGAGAAGGACGAGGAAAGCGAUGCAGAUUAUUCAGGAAGUGAAGAGUACGAAAGUGAUGGGGAGUCAGUUCAAUCCAAUUUGUCUUGGUUACCUGAUCCAGAUGAAAUUUACGGACACGGACCUCAGUCAGAUGAUGGUAAUGAUAGUGAAGAUAGUAAUCAAGUCAUAGACGAUAUUAAAAAACAUAAAAGUAUCAAAAAUAAAUUCGAAAACGCUCCAGAUGAAACUCAAAGUCUUAGAGCGCAAAAAAGGAAAUCACUUUCCAGCAAAGAUCGGAAGAAUAUUAAAAAAACUCGCCAGGACGUGUCACCGUUUGAUUCAUUACACGUGGAUGAAGAACUAGCAUUGCAACUUCUACGAGAUUAGAGUAUAAAAACUGUUUUAAAAAUUAAUAUGUAUACUUUAAAGUACAAAUGUACAAAUGCUGUACAUAUAGAAUAUUUUUAAAUCCGAAACGUCUCCUUAAAAUAAUUAUAAAGUUUAAAAAUACCGUGUAAUUCAUGUAUGUGUGUAUAGUUUAUUCGUCAAUUAUCUCCUUAGGAGGAAAAUUUUCUUACUUUCAUGUACAUAUUUACAAAACAUAUUAAAUCAUUUAUUAAUAACA